AUGGCUGCGGGGCAACUGACGGCACGACUGAGAUAUCUUCAAGAGACAGCGCACGCGCUUGCGUUGACUUCCCCCGUCGUUUCGGCCCGUCUGCUCUCACAGUAUCAAGAUGUCGCCUUUCAUAACGAUCUCCGCCUGCCCGACUCACUCAAGAGGGAUUACUGUCAUGGAUGUGGCAAUAUCAUGAUCCCUGGACUCUCCUGUCAGUUGCAGGUUGAAAAUGCACAAGCUGCGAAAGAACGAUCGAACAGAAAAAGGCAACUAGCAAAAACAAAGGCCGCUCUCAACGCAGCAACGGAAGUCAAAUUAGAUGGCGAAGUUAAAGGUGUUUCGAAGGCACCCGCUACGAGCUCAGCUUCUCCACGACUUGAUCUGCCCACCCCGGCUCCAGUACCUUCUCCUACCGCCAAGGUAAUGAUAUAUGAUUGCCAUAGAUGUGGCCGCAAGACCCGUCUUCCUCUGCCCGCACCUAAACGGGCUCAGCGUCCUCGGAACGCCCCUGCGAAGAAGAUCAAUAGCUUUGCAAAUUUGUCACCCAUGCCGGAUGUUGCAUCCAGUGACUCGUCUUACGGCGUAUCAUCAACAGCUGAAGCUUCAACUUCGAACCCUACAUCGACAGCUAAUGCGAGCAGUAAGAAAAGAGCCAAGGCUCGAAAGCAGGGUGGCUUGCAGGCACUGCUGGCAAAGAAAAAGCAGGAAGAAUCUGCCUCGAAAUUUGGGGGGUUGGACCUCAUGGAUCUGAUGAAGAGUGCUUAA